AUGACCACAGAACAACUUGUGACUGAUCCCGCACUGUUGGAGGUCCUUAACGCCGCGAUCGAGGCACGGAAGCAAUGUCUACAAAUUAUUGAUGAGCUUGGUCUGCAGAGUCAAAGCGCUGGCACAGAUUUGGAGGCUGCCAAUUUUCGAAUGCGCAAGCAGAUGAAUGCGAAGUUAGCCACGCUUCGUGGACUCAAUCGCAAGGCUGUUCUGGGUGUCAGGAGUACCAAGCAAGAAACCACCGAAGCUCGCCAGGAGAUCGACAGUCUACACCUUCAGCUCCAAAACCUAUAUUACGAGCAGCGACAUCUGCGCGGAGAGAUCGCUGCGUGCGAGGACUACGACCACAAAUAUCAGCAAUUGCCGAUGGUACCCGUCGACGAGUUUCUAUCAGCGCAUCCCGAGCACGCCGAAGCCUCUGACCACGAUCUCACAAUUGCGCGCAUUCAGGACGAGCACACUGCACGCCAGGCACUAGAGGAGCAGCGCUUGGCGCUGGCAAAGCAGAAAGAUGUCCUCGUGAAGGAAACGACAGAGAAGAAAGAUGAGCUCGGUAAAUUGGACCUGGAAAUUGAGAAAUGGGUGGCUGCUCAGAGCAAUGUGCGAAAGAUCUUCGACGUGAGGGAGGCGGCGGCGGCUAAGGUGGCUGAAUUGGCGCGUGAGGCAUCGGAGCAUACAUGA